ACCACCCCACAUCACCGUUUUCUUUGCCUCCUUAUUACCCUUCUCGGAUCCCUCACCAUUGCAGAAAACACUCAUAGCUUUUAAAGCACACACUCAGACUCUCUCUCAUGAAAGAGAGAACUCGCUCUGCUUCUAUAUUUCUCUAUUACCAUCUAGCUUUACUUUUCAUGGCUGUACUCAGUUUCUUACCAGAACCCACAGAGACCAAAAAGCAAACACCUUCCAGACAUAAACGGAAGAAGCAGAAACAGCCGUCUUCGUGGGACCAAAUCAAGAACUUACUCACCUGCAAGCAGAUCGAAGGUUCAAGAGUGCACGACCCGUCAAAGAACCCAAAUGGGUACUCCAAACUCGGGUCUUCCUGCAGCUCUAUUUGCAGUUUCAGGGACGUCGUUCAUGGCAACACGAGGGUUGUUCACAGAGCUGAUAACUCCCCCGAGAGUAGCACAGUGGGUCAAGAGACUGGUCUUCUGAGUCGCAAACCAGGUACUAAAGGGUCUUCAUCAAGUCGGUCCCUUUCGGGAUCCAACGGCGGCGGAACUUACCCGUCGCAUUCCAAAGGAAUGCAGUUCAGAAAGCUCUCUGGUUGCUAUGAGUGUCACACCAUCGUUGACCCGAGCAGGUACCCAUCACCAAGAACCAUCUCUGCUUGUUCUCAUUGUGGUGAGGUGUUCCCAAAGAUUGAAAGCUUGGAGCUUCACCAAGCCGUUCGUCAUGCUGUGUCGGAGCUGGGUCCGGAAGAUUCGGGUCGAAACAUCGUGGAGAUAAUAUUCAAAUCAAGCUGGAUGAAGAAGGAUAGCCCAAUCUGCAAGAUUGAACGGAUACUGAAGGUCCACAAUCCCCAGCGCACAAUCCAACGGUUUGAGGACUGCCGAGACGCAGUGAAAUCACGUGCACUCAACAGCACGAGAAAAAACCCGCGGUGCGCUGCCGACGGGAACGAGCUGCUAAGAUUCCACAGCACCACCCUUUCUUGCUCGCUCGGCGCGCGCGGCGGGACCAGCUUAUGCGGCUCAGUCCCUGGAUGCGGGGUGUGCACUACCAUCAGGCACGGCUUCCAAGGUAAGGAAUGCAAGGGGAUUCGCACCACGGCAAGCAGUGGUGGGACCCACGACUCUUCUUUGGAGUGUACAGAUGGGAGGCGGGCUAUGAUUGUGUGUCGCGUGAUUGCCGGGCGGGUGAAGCGCGUGGUGGCUGAUGAUGCGGUUGAGGAGACUGGCUCGUACGAUUCUGUCGCCGGGUACGCCGGGAUCUACUCGAAUCUCGAGGAGCUGUUUGUGUUUAAUCCAAGGGCUAUCCUUCCUUGUUUUGUCGUGAUUUACAAAGCUAUUGAGUCAUGAAUCAUAAUUUUGUAUUAGAACAGUCGGUGACGACGUCGCAUUAACUAAAUCAAGGGCAACGUAACUGUCGUGGCCUGUCUGGGACGAGGGUACUGCCCGUAGAAGUCCACUGUAGUAGUCAUUACGUCUUUGUUUUGCGUACAUAGAUUUUUAAUUUGUUUCUCCAAUGUUUUUGAUGGAUUUGGCUGAACUGCUCAGAUUGCAUUGCGUGUUUGUUAAACUGUUGGGGUUAGCAAAAUUAGUAAACAA